CUGUCUUGUACACGUACAUUCUAAUCAAAAUACCUAAAUAUUGAACGAUAUCGUAAAUAAAAUAAAAUCAUUUAUAAUGGAUGAAGUUGACAAAAUUAUCUUUCAAUCACUACGUGAUAUUGAAUGUGAUUAUGACGAUAAUGUGAAUCUUAAAUCAUUAACGCCUGAAGAAAUUUAUGAAGCAUUAAGAAAGUUGUGCAAACUAAUUAAACCCGAUAUUGAAAUUUCAGGUCAUUUACCUACUCAAGUAGCUCUCAGAUUUGCAGCAGCUUCUGAACUUGUUAAAUGUUGUAAAUUAAUAGGAUAUAAAGGUGAUUUAGGUUACCAAACUAUUCUUUAUUCCAACCCGAUAGAACUUCGGCGUAUAUUAAUGUGGCUUAUCGAACAUUUACCUAAAUUUGAAAAUAAAACUGAUUUAUUUAUUCAAAUAACGCCAGAAAAUGAAGCGAAAACAAUAGAAAAUGUUAUUUUAAGAAAAAUAAGUUUCGACUUUAAGAUGCCUUGGAUUCUUGAGUAUCUCCAAUCGCCUUCAAACGUGAGAGUAAAUCCUCUUUACUUAGAAAAUCCUAAUGACUUGAAUAAUAUGGACAGCAAUGACGAUUAUUUAGAGUUUCAACAAAGAUUUGCUCUAUCCAUUUUUCACCAAACAUCAGUAAUAGCUGCAUCUGUUAUUGCUACGCAUGAUAGAGAUGUAUUCAAAAAGAAAUAUGAUCCGUCAUAUGAUUCAUCAAUCGCCCAAAAAUUCCGUACAUCACCCAUUCGACCAAAUGCUUCAUUGAAUUUAUCAACAUCAUCACCAUCAUCAGUGAAAUCAGUUACAACUUCACGUGACACAGAAAACAAUGAAAUAAAUAAAUCUCAAACAACUGCUCCGACGACAAAAACAAAAAUAGAAAUUUUUAAUGAAACUAUUGAGAAAUUACAGCAGGACAUUGAAGUUCAAGAAGAAACAUUCCGUAAAUUAACAUUUGAAAAAGAAAAUUAUCAGGGGUUAAUUGAAAGAGAAUUAAAACGUCAUGAAGAGUUGAAAAGAAAUAACAAAUUAAAGGUGCAAGCAGCAAUGUUAUUAGAUAAUCCAAAUGAAAAUAUCGAGGCACUUCGAGAAAAAUUAACCAUUGCAAUUCGAAAAAGAGAGACCAUCGAAAGAAAGUUUGAUUUCCAUAAAAAGCCUUUGUGUGAGCAGCUUGAAUCUAUCAAUGUUGCAAACAAGUUCAAAUUACAAGAAAUACAGGAUAUCAUCGAAAAUACAAAGAAAGUUAAAGGCGAGAUACGACAAAUUUUAAAUGAUACAAAAUGUAAAUUGGAUAUUCAAAAAACACUUCAAACAGAGUUAAGUCAUAUAAAAAGAAUAACUGAACGAUCAUCAUACACCUCCAGAAUUUUAGAUGUUGUGAAGAACAUAGAAAGACAAGAUCAUGGCAUAAACGAUAUUUUAAAAGAUACUAAAACGAUUCAAAAAGCCAUAAAUACAGCUGAAGGUCAACUUCAACGACAAUUCACAGUAACUGAAGAUUUAAUAUGGAAUAAAACAAAUACGAAGGAUGAGUACUCAAAAAAAACUUACAAACUUCUUAUUUCGCUUCACACGGAGUUCAGUGAAUUAAUAAAACUCAUAGAGAGAACUGGAACUAUUCAGCGAGAAAUUCGAGAGCUUAAAGAUCAUAUUGAUAAUGAAAAACAACACAACAUUCAAAAUAAAUUAAGCCAAAUAACGAGAGACUUAUUGAUGGUCACCGAGAAAAAUUCUUAAAAAUUUGCUAUUAAAUUAAAUUUCACAUUAUUCUUCUGCAUUCUAUUCACAAGCAUGAAUUUUGUAUGUUAAUAACUGAUAAAUAGAUCAUAUUGUUUACUUUCAUUCUGAUAAAACUAAAAACUCUUUAAUUUGAAGUAGAUACAUUCAUUCUAAAGAAAUUUAGCUUUUUCGUCAUAAAAAAUAAAACAAG